GAUUAACCUACAAUAUUUUUGAUUGAUUUUUGAUUUUGAUUAAAUUAACGCAAUGAUUCAAAGGAACCUUGAACUAAACUACAACUACUUCCAUUCGUGGCAAAUAAUAGACAAAUAAAUUUAAUCUCUGUCUGUUAUGAUUUAAACAAAAUGAAUACUGAUGAUAUUGUUUAUAUGUCCUUAUUGAUAUUCUCAAUAGGAUUCGGGAAAUUUUAUAGAAAAAUUGAGGAACCAAAUGCUAGAAAAAAUAUAGGAACAUUGAUUGGGUUACUUAUUGUAUUGGUAGUUUCUGGAGUUCAUAUAAUACAUCCUUUACUGGCGUUUUUCAUAAAUGCAGUCAUAAUUACAAAUUUAAGUCCAAAAGUAUGCCACCUGGCCAGUUUCAUAUUCUCCUUUUUGUACCUGUUCUUCUUCCGUACAACAAUAUACUUUGGAUUACCAUACCCACCUGCUCAUACAAACCUUGUACAAAUGAUACUAACGCUUAAAAUAGUGGGAUUGGCUUUCGAAAUAAAUAGGUCUUUUAUUAGAAAUCAGGAUCACCAAUUGAAAAAGUCAGAUUUGGAAGAGCAAGAGAAUGUAACAGAUACUUUGAGUGUUGUCGAAAUGUUUCAUUAUUGUUUCAAUUAUGUUGGUGUAUUAACAGGACCUUACUAUAGAUAUACAACUUUUAGGGACUCUUUCGAGUUGCCGUUCUAUUCAUUUGCCGAUAAUUGGAAAUUCACUCUGCAAAAACUCAAAUUUGUGCCCUUGUUCAUAGUAUUAUUUUUGACCAGUUCCCUAACCUGGCCUUUAAGUUAUGCUUUAACUGAUGAAUUUUAUCAAGAAAGAUCAUGGCUGUACCGAUACUGGUAUAUAUGGCCAAAUUUUUUCACAUUUCGCAUGAGAAUAUACAUUGGUCUUGUGUUAUCGGAGUGUGUGUGUACUAUGGCAGGACUGGGACUUUAUCCAGAGAAGUGCAAGCCCAAACCAGGAGAAGGACCAACUGAGAACAUCCCUCUCUUAAAGAAAAUAUCUCAAGAUAAAGACAUGUUGUCCAAAGAAGAAUACAACUAUAAUGCCAUAAAAAAUAUCUCUCCUUAUGAUACAGACUUCUGUGUUUCAUACAGAGAAGGAAUGAAACACUGGAACAUUUGUAUUCAGUAUUGGUUGGCUGUGAACGUAUACAAACGGUUUCCUUCAAAAGCCUUCCGUACACAUGCCACUCUAUUGGUAUCAGCUGUAUGGCAUGGUGUGUACACUGGAUACUAUGCUUGCAUCGGAACUGUUCCUUUUGUAUUAGCAGUUGAGGAUAUUUGGAUUAAACUGCUCCUCAAGAACGAAUCUCAUAAAUAUUCAGAAACGAGAAUGAAAAUCCACAAAUUUUUCAUAUGGUUUUUCAAAAUGCAUUUCUUCUCCUAUCAAGCUAUUGCUAUGCAUUUGUUGGAACUGAACAAAAUAUUUUAUUAUUACAAUUCGAUAUACCAUGCAGGACUUAUUUUGGGAAUAUGUCUAUAUGUGACUGGCCUAUAUCUAUAUAAAUUGGAAAAGAAAAAUUUUAAGACUGAAAAUGAUGAGAAUAGAGGCAUUGAACAAAAAAAUGUCAGUGGUGAAAAAAAGAUUCAUACAAACUGAAAUUCAUACAUUACUGAAAUGUAGUAUUGAAAAGAGGAAUGGUCGCCAGGUAAUGCAGAUUUUGUGUGUGUACAAACAUCGCAAGUGAACAAAAGGUCUUCUCACAGUGCCAAAAAUUUACAACAACUUUUUUCCUUUUAUGAUGAAUACAAUAAAAGAUCAAUCCCUAAGUGA